AUGUCUCGCUCUGGAACCACCCUCUAUGUCACCGGGUUCGGCCAUGGAACCCGCGCCCGCGAUCUUGCCUACGAGUUCGAACGCUAUGGACGUCUUGUCCGUUGCGAUAUCCCGGCCCCUCGCACUCCCUCGAGUCGACUGUUUGCUUUUGUUGAAUACGAAAGCCGCCGUGACGCCGAUGACGCCUACCAUGAAAUGCACAACAAGCGCAUUGGCCGUGAUGAUCUACUGAAGAUCGAAUGGGCACGCACUCCCCCCUCCGCAUCUUGGCGAUUUGACUCUGGCCGUGACCGCCGUCGUGAUCGUACGCCUCCUCGUCGUGGCCGUUCCCCGUCGCCUCGCCGCAGUCGUGGCGAGUAUUCCCCUCGCCGAGAUGAUCGGUACGAGCGAGACUAUGAUCGCCAUGAUCGUGACUAUGACCGUCGUGAUCGCGAUUAUGACCGUCGGGACCGUGACUACGAUCGCCGCGACCGCGAACGCUCUCGUGACCGUUCCCGCAGCCCGGAUGACCGGGACCGUGACGCCAAGGAUGACCGAGAGAGACGGGAUGAUGACCGAGAGCGCCGUGAUGAGGAGCGUGAAAAUGGCCCUAACGGCGAAGACAGGAAAGUACCCCUGGACCCCGUGCCUUCUGCUCAUGAUGAGCUUGAUACUGCUGAGUAG